ACUUCAGCAUAAGGAAAGCUUAAACAGAACUCUUUGGUCUAUGUAAGCUCUGCUUUUUUUCUUUUUUCUUUUAAUCCUUCAAAUUGCCCAAGUUGCUGGAAAAGAAAGACUGAGAAGAAGAACAAUAAUAAAAGAGGAAAAAUAAGACUCAAAAAGGCAUCAUCAGGGAAGGGCAAUUUUUCGAGCAACUAGAGACGCUGAAUAAAACAAAGAAAACCCAAAUUGACACAGGAAAUCAGAUUCCAUUGAGUUGCAGAUCUCUUUUAGCUUUUGCUAGUUCUUGUUUUGUAUAUAUGGGAGCAGUGGUUGUCUAGGAUGCUGUACGAGGCCCAUUUUCAAUCCCUUGGUGAAUGAGUCAUCAAAAGGAUUAAAAUUUCAAGGACAGAAAUUGAGUAAACCCAGUAUAUCAGAAGGUUUCUGGACCACUAGCACUUGUGAUAUGGAUAACAGUGCUGUGCAGUCACAGGGAAGCAUCUCCUCAAUCAGCACAAGCCUCCAGACACUUGAUCCAAAUGGCAAUGCUGCAAGUGCUAAUGGCCCCUCCGAAUUUGUAAAUCAUGGCCUUAUUCUCUGGAACCAGACUAGGCAGCUGUGGGUAGGAAACAAGAAGUCUGAAAAUCAGCCUCAGCAGGCCCGAGAACCGAAACUAAAUUGGAAUGCAACUUAUGAAAGUUUACUUGGAAGCAACAAGCUGUUCCCUCAGCCUAUUCCUCUUUCUGAAAUGAUAGAUUUUCUUGUGGAUGUCUGGGAGCAGGAAGGAUUGUAUGACUGAGCAACAGAAUAAAAACUGCAUUUGGAAGAUGGUUAGAUAUUAAUAUCAAUCUUACUUGCUGUAACAUUUUUAUUGGUCCCAUAGGGAAAACGCACUAGAGCUUAGCCUCGCUUGUAUGUCUAUUGUAGCAAUUGCAGGGUCUUGCUUACCUGCGGUUUCCCAUGUUCUGUUUUUUUUCCCACCAACUGAAUGGACCUUUUUGAACGUGGCAUUGUAUUGCAUUGGAACUAAUCCAAAAAAUUGCUGGCUGCCUCAGGUGUUUGAGACAGCAAUUUGUUUUUUUCGCCAAA